AUGUUUUCAUUUGAUUUAAAAAUAAAAUCAGUUAAAAGUUUUGAUGAAAUUUUAAAAACUAACGACCUAUUUCCAUCAGAUAAUAAUAGUAAUAAUAAUUUUAAUACUGAAUUAGAAUUUACUGAUACCAUUUUAAAUGUUAAAAAAAAGUUUGAAAAUUAUUUUCAUCCAUUUCAAUUCCAAAAAUUUGGUCAUGAUUUAAAUAAACAUUUUUUACUGGAAAUUUUAGAAGAAAAAUUGGUAGAAAUUGAACUAUUAAAAAAAGAAAAUUCAAAACUAAAUCAAUUAAAAACUUUAAUUCCAAUUAAUAAAUCCAUAACUACAACAACAACAAAACCAGAUUUACAAGAAAUUGAUAAACAAUUAAUAAAUGAAAAUCAAUCAUUUGAAAAUUAUUUGAACCAAGAAAAAAAUAAUUUAAAGGUUGAUGAUGAUGAUGAUGAUGUUGUUGUUGUUGUUGAUAAUAACCCAAAUUUUAUUAUCAUUAAAAAUCAACCAUUUUUUGAAAAUUUAUUACAAAGUUUAAAAAUGAAAUUAUCAUUUCAAAAUAUAGUAGAAAAACAAAUAAAUGAUUUAGCAGGAAUUAAAGAGAAUGAUAUUAUAUUUUUUGCAUCCACUUCCACUGGAAUCUUUACCAAUAUUGAAAAAGAUACUUUACAAAUCAAUGAAAUUCGUUCUAAAAUAGGUGACACAAUUCCAAUUUUAUACUGUAUUUUUAAUAUGGGAAAAGAUGCCAAACCAACAAUAAAAAUUUUAAACACAAUACCAUUCUCUUUAACCCAUUCAAUUUCUGAAAUUGAUCAUACUAGACUCAAUAAUAUUACUUUAACCAAAAUAAAAAAUUGUUUACCGAAAUCAAUUUAG